AUGCCACUCGCCGUAUCGUCGAUGACUGAGGCUAUGGAGAGUUCAAAGCCACCGGGACCAGCUGGCCGUUUUGUGACUACGGUCGGACGGGAGGAGACCGCACAAAGCCAAUUCCCGUCUCCUGUUGCUGGAACGACAUCGUCGCCCAGCAUCGCCGGGAGCCGCUCACUGGAGCGGACUCCGUCGACCACCAAUACGGUCCAGGAAGUGGACAUCGCGUUGAAUCUGGCAGAUCUCGGUCAAUCGGGAAAGCACAAUGAUGCCGUCAUCGUACAGACCAUUGAGCCGGAGCAGACCAGUACUUCAAACAAUGCAGCAACGAAUGGACUCUCCCAGCAUCCUCAUGCACCCCGAUAUAGAAAAUGGGCCGGGUUCGUCGGCGAGAGUUGGUACGCUUCCUUCCUGCUGCGAGCGAGUAACAACGACAGCGCCAAGCUACGACAACACAUUAUCCAUAGGCCCUACAGUACACACGGUGAGUCUCAAGAACCCGGGGGCGCCAACGGGGAGUUAUGGCAAGAAAGUAGCCCCGAACAGCUACCCGACGAUCUUGUCCCCCAAGACCUGAUCUCUGGCUUGGUCGAAGCUUACUUCGCACGGUUUCAUGUCCUGUUCCCUAUCCUCAGUAAAAGCGAGUUUCAAGCAGCCUUCGCUGAAGGCCGGGUACCAAUCAUAUUACUUCGAUGUGUCAUGUUCAUAGGUUCAGUGCAUUGCGACGCGACAAUAAUCCACCGAAUGGGUUACAGCACUCGUGCGGACGCUGGAGACGAUCUUUUCGACCGAGCUAGGAAUUGUGUCAAUGAGCAUCCGGGAGCACCUCGAUGCCUUCAGAUAACAUGUGCCUUUCUCUUACACCACUGGUGGGGGCGACCUUUAGGCGUGAAGGAUCCAGUAUCUUGGCUCGCCACUGCUAUUCUACUUGGGCAAUCUAUGGGAAUGCAUCGUAGCCUUGAUGGAAGCUAUAUGGCACCUUCUAGUAGGGCUCACUGGAAGAGGACAUGGUGGUGUCUAUACAUUCGCGAUCGCCAAGUAGCUUUAUCUAUGGGAGCGCCAAUGAUCAUCAAUGAUCUAGAGUGCGAUAUCGAGGACCUCACUCGUGAAGAUUUCCCCGAUGAGUCUGAAGUCACUGCACAUUUCAAGGAUUUACUUCAGCUAUUUAUCGCCUUCACGCCUUAUACUAACUAA